GGGAAUAUAAGAGCUCGGCGUUGCAGCAGGCGGGCAGAGCCCCAGCAGCUCUCUGCAGGCAGCUGAUGGAGUGGGAGGGAUGAGGGUUCACUCAUGGCCGUAAAGCACCGUUUGUGUCUGCUCUGCACCACCAGCAGCAUCAGCACUGUUUGUAAAGGCGCUUUGUGCAUCGCUAAUCCGCUCUGAUGUCACGGUGCAGGAGGAGGGGCUGAGCUCUCCGCUUUAAUCCCAGCAAGUUGUCUGGAGGGACAAAACAGACUCAAACCGAGCCAGCCGAGCAGGCACGGGAACAAGGGGGCGAUGAGGACUGCUGCAGCAUCCGGACCCGGGCCUCUCCUCCUCUGACAUGCAGGUAGGCUUACACGAGUGGAUGUCCCACCCGGCAGCUCGUGAGAGGGGGACACCGGGUUUGGUGUGGGGCAGGAAUUUGUUCGAGUCGUUUUCGCUCAUGGCGGACUCGACACCUGCGGAGAUUUCAUUUAGACUCAUAUAAGGGUAAAAGGGAAACAUUUAGACAGGUGACAGUUUGCUGCCCUUAUGUGAAGAGGUGUCAGGCUAUGCUCUACAUAGGAUACAUAGAAAUCCUGUGUGAUAUCAACAUUUGCGUGUUUCUUUUCUUGAGUAACGCCUUUAUCAUUAAUAGAUUGUUUCCUUUCAGUGCAUUUUGAAGGAACAGGAUGCAGAUAGAUUUACAAUAGUCACCAACCUUUAAAAAAAGAAAGGUUUCUCUACCUUCUUAACACAGAACCAGUCAAGGCCAUGAGAGGAGAUUUGAGAAGCAAGUAAGCCUUCAAAAUAAAAGCACGACUUGGCAGUUUGGCACUUGUUCAUGGAUUAAUGGUAUCCCCUUGGAGCAGUGGCGUAGUCUUCAUGUAAACACUAUGUAAGUAACACGACUAUUGAUGAAACCCAACAUAGACCGUAUGUUUGUAGGUGUGUGUGUGUGUGUGUGUGUGUGUGUGUGUAAGUGUAUGAUUGUGAGUGUAAGGAGAGAGAGAGGGGGAUAUGUAAGAGGAUGAUUCAUGCUGUCAAAAAUAGAAAGAUGAGGAGAUUCCUCCAAAGAGCGGACAGAUGCAACUGAUGAUAAAUUCAGUCUUAAACCGACAAAUACAAGCUGUUGUUUUCUCUAUUUUCUGGUUUGUCAAUUGAAUAUAAAGCCUUUAAUUGGUGUUUUCUUCAACUAACUGUCCUGAACCAGAACAUUAAUACUAAAUUAUUCAGUCGCAUUAUAUAAAAUGAGGCAGAUUAUCCAAACUGUUAGGUAUACAAGACAGGGUUAUGAUUACAUUUUUCCUUAGUGAUCAAUAAACAUUAUUUUUAUGUAGUCAAGGGUUAUGGCUUGAAUUUGGACAAAAUUUGAGCCCAGACUUGUAUGCACCAGGGCAGAUGAGUAGGUAAGAUUGUAAAGUAGUGCAAAAUUGCACCCGCAUGAUGCAGUCGGUCUUACAUUUCAGAGAGCUUCCUUUAAUGCUGCUUUCACCAGAUCUCUGCAGCACAAAAGUGCAGUAAGUCUUGGUCUGUUAACUUCUUCAUUACACAGUUUCACAGUGAAGUUAUGGCUGCAGAUAAAACAGUCUCGACCAGAAUCAGAGUCGAAAUGAUUCACCAAUGAGUCCAGUAAGUGUACCGGGAUGAAUGCUAAAUGAAUACUGUGAAGAUUUUGAAUGCAAGAAGUUGAUGCAGUUUUUUUUAGAAUCCGAUUUUACGCAUCUCUCAUAAGACCACAAAACAGUUUCUUAUCUAGUGGUCUGUUAAUUUCCUCAAGUAAUUUGACUGUCGAGGAGGAGUCACAAUCUAGUUUUAACCACUCUAGUUUUGACAUUGUUUGUAAUAUUAUUUGAAAUUUUAUAUAUAGCUUCAGUUACAAAACUUAAGAGGAUUAUUAGGUAGUGAAAGGACACACCAUCAUGAUCAAAGUCAUUGAAACAUGCUUAAAAUAAGAGAAAGAUGAAAAGAACCAAAGCCAACACUGAAACACAGAAUUUUCUAGAGAACAAAUAUAGACACAGUCUAGCAAUCCUGGUGCAGAAACUGCAGACCGCGCUGAGAGUAUUUUGAACUCUGAGUGUGGGCGUGCUCUGCAGAACAAAUCAUGUGAUAACAACAUUUCUGAAGCAAGCCAAGAUUUGUCUCUGCUUUAAAUGUUCUGCUUACAGAUACCAAUUUAUCGCUGGUAUUGCCAUAUUUUUAAUGAUUUAAACUGAUUGAUAUUGGCACAUUGGUAAGAGAUCAAUAUUCAAAGAACAUUAUUUUGUCUGACCCAAUAUAUCAUCAUAUUUGUGAAACUGCGUGGAGAUCUAGGAGAUGAAGAUGGGCUCUUGGUUCAGAAUAUACCAAUCAGAUGAAAACAAGACAGGGCAGCUAUAUUUAUUCAUCACAUUUUGUAAUCAGAGGCAAUUUCAAGUACUUCACUGAGUAAUUAAACAUAAUAAAAAAUACAGACUUGCUUUAAAAAGGGCAGAAAUAAAAGUUUUUAAGAUUCUUUGUGAAUUGAAUCUUGUGAAAGCAGCUCAGAGAAAAGAUAAAGUUUAUUUUGAAGUAAGUUUGCAGCUAUUAGAGGGUGGACUAGAUUCAGUCAAAAAUGUUAAAUUUUUCCCUUAAAUUUUCUUUGAGGGCUUAUUUUAGUCAUGUAGUGGAGGAAGUUUAAGGCUAGUCAACAGAAGUAAUCAGUGAAAGUCUUCGUGAAAGUGCGUACACUUCAUGCGUUGUUGCCAGAGUGUGUUUGUCUCUUAGUAUAAGAUCAGCAAGUUAAUGGGCUGGUAAAUCCUCCACCCCGCGGCUUUCACUGCAGCCUGACAGAUGGGAGUACAGCGCUCGGCUCGCAGCUCUGCAGGCCUGAACGUUACAGAGCCGUGCUGCCAGGGCCAUCUGUGACCUGGGCAACCCUUUCACCCUGACCCCGCCCAUCCCUCCGAGUCACCCAACCUAAUGCCAACCAGUCCUAAACUCCUGGCAGGGAGGGAACUUAGCUUCCCAGGGAGUCCGCCCUCACUCCUGUUGCACUUCUUUGUGUUUACUCCCUGACAGUUGUGAUCCAGGCUCAGAUUACAGGGAUCAGCAUUAACCUCUGACCCCAGUGUCUUCUCCGUGUACAUGACUUCGAUUUCUAAAGGACGAGGAUUUAUAUCGCUGCACGUAUAAAAUGACAACCCCAUCAGUAAACCUUCUGCUUAAGCCAAUAUGAAACGUGUUGAUUCAAGGCAAGCCGCUGUAACUGUCAGUAAGGGGGGGCCUUGUCAUAAAUUAACUUAGAGUCACGCAUGAAUGCGACAGAUAGAGUAUACUCUGCACAAACCUAUAGAGCUGUAAAAGUGAUGUUAUGCAACCAUUUUUCACAGUAACCAGAAAAUUUCUCCACUUGAAAAAACACAAAAUAAGUUGCACAAAUAAGUUGUUUGGUUAUUUUUUAUGUACCUAGGCUCUAUUUUUGUGUUUUUUGUAUCCAAAAGGCUGUGGGGCUCAAACAUUUGGUUUAAUUCCACUAAUUCACUGCAGCUACAGAAAAGGCUCUCAUGGCAGCAAUAUUAUCUUUGAAGGAAAAUAUCCCUGGUCAAAGUUUAUGUGCGUACUUAAAAUGCUUGUUUUUGCUGCUGAAAGGCUCAGAUUUGUACCAGAACAGUCGUAAAAAAACAGUAAUAUAAUGUUGCACACAACACUGCAAUCAAAACCAACAACAUCUAUGUCCUGCAUUGUGAAAAAUAGGAAUGUGUCAAUGUCGUCAACCAAAUGGCCUUACAAGACAACAGAAUGCCUGUUAAACUUAUUAUUAUAAUAGUAUUAUUAUUGUCUCUCAGUGUAAGUCUGAAAUGCUGGUCUCAAGUUGUUGUUGGCUGCUGGUAGUGUAGCACAGUUUGGCAGCGUCUGACUUUUCUGAGUGUUUUCUUAUUUUUCGACAAGUUGGUUUGUCAGAAUUCAUAGUUCUAUUUUAACCACCAGCCACUAGCUCCAGUUAGUAAUGACUGCUAUGAUGUUAAAAUGCUUUACGGCUUAAGCUUAAGUAUAGACCACAUCUCAUAGUGUGGUGUGGUUUACUAGUGUUUUCAUUUAGAAAGCGGAGAUCAAUAGUAUAGAGGCUGUAUCUGGUUAAACGUGACCAAAGUAAUGAGUACUAAGCACAGACUCGUAAACGAUAAUGGAGGACCUUAAGAUGGUGCUGAUGCCUCCUCUGUUGUCAACUAUAAUUGGUAAACUAAACCAACAUUGUUGUCCACAGACUUUGAAUCUUGUAUUUAGCUGUGAUGAAUAAAGUUUGGUUGAACUAUUUUCAGUCAUACAACAAGAAAACUAGCUUCAAAACAUCCUCUUGCAAACAUAUUGUUUUUUUAAGGGGCUAACUUUCAAUGACUCUAAAGCAAUAUAAUACAAAUUCCACUCAGGUGGACAUUCUUCAUUCAGGCACAUUUGCCCUAAAAGAUUUUGUUACGGCCAUUACAGCCAGACAUCGGUUAUCUAAAUUAGACAACCAUCUCUGAGAAAAGAACAAGAUUGUGCUCUUUUGUCCUUAUUCUCAGUUUGGUGCCUAUUUCUUAACCACAAUGCCAGGCAAAAUCUAUGUUACCUGCAUAAAAGGACGGCAAGUGAUGUUAAAAAAAUUCGGAUUUACCCUCUCUGACAUGAUUGACUCGAUCUAAUUACAAAUUCAGCUGAAAAACAACAGUGAUGUCUGGAUCCUGAUCAAGAUCAUUUUAAGGGAGUCAAUGGAUGAUGUUCUGCAGCCAUUUAUCUGAGUUAAGGAUAGAGAAAUGUGGAUAUUUCAUGCGUGCGGUUACACAUGUAUGGAUCGUUUUGAAGAGAUGAAUUAUUUAAGAGAGCAGCGAACAUAAAACAUAUGGAGUAGCAGUAAUGAGAAAUACAGGCCUUCAGAACGACACAUUAGUCCUUCUCUUUAUCAGUUGACUGUUCCUGAAACAGCCACGAGGACUGCGUUCCUGUGUCCUUUCUCAGCUCGUUGACCUCCAGCUCGCUGAAGGCCAUGAUCAGAGAUAACUGAUGGAAACCCCGAUAGCCUUGUCAUGUUAAAUAAAUAUCAAAACCGGGGCUUCUCUAACACAGAGGACAUUUAUUAUUCAUAUGGUGGCCUUAUUCAUCCCUCCACCAGGUCUUAUCUGAUACCAAAGAUAUCCUUCCUUGUCCUCUUGCCCUUCCCUCCCACUCCUCCUCCUCCUCCUCCUCCUCUUCGUCCUCUUCUCUCUUCUUGUUUUGUGCCAUCUGCCAGCUGCUGCUGUACAGAUGAACGUGGUGCAGAUUAAAGUGUAGUACACACCCAGAUGAAUCCCAGAGGAUUUGGGACUCUGCUAUUAGCAAUAUAGAGGCAGGGAGUUCCCAGCCUGAUACUCAGCAGCAUCACUGCAAUAUUUCCUGAGUGUGUUUGUGUUUGUUUGUGUGUGUAGUAAGUGUGCAUAUAUCAGGUUGGAGAGAUGUUGGGUUAAUUAGCUUUAGUCUUGUGAAGCUAAAGAGCUGCAAACUUGAUGAGAGCAGUUCACUUCAUAAAAACUGCAGCAAUUUUAAACAGAGCUGAAGAGAGGAAGCCAGCAAACUGCUCCUAUUUUUUUAAUGCUCAUCACUUUACAGAUACUAAGAACUGUAAUACAGUCAUGGCUGAAAGCAGGAGUAAUGUAUAGUGAGCAGGUAUGUAUGCUGGGUGAGACUUAGCAACAAAGAUCCACUCUGAAGGGGGUUGUGUUUUAUCUAAUCCCCCAAUUAUGAGUAGUGUAACGGGUCACGAUUGGUCCAUGAUAUGUUCAGACCCACAGGACUGAGUGGGAUCUGCAGAUUAAUGGAAAACUUACCAUCACUGUGUGCUAUAAUGAGUUGUGACAAGCUCCUACCUUUUCUUCAAGCACCUGCCUCUGCUUCAAACUGAUACGAGUAUGAGAAAGAUGCCUGACCAUGUAUGAUAUGAGUGUGUGAGUGAAAGGAGGCAUGGGGCUGAACAUGAUCCUGUUUGGGACUCAGUUAGCACCUAAAUAUACAAACAAGUCGACACCAAGUAUUGAUCCAAGGAUGGUUUUAUUGAUUUAAAAUGACUUAUUUAUGCUGUUAGAAAAUGUGACUGUUUGUAGCUCUCCCAUGGCAACAGAUUUUUUUCUUAGAUCACUUGUGGAUCAAAUAACAUUACACUUCGCAUUUAGAUAGAUAGAUAGAUAUACUUUAUUGAUCCCAAACUGGGAAAUUCUCUAAGAAAUGCCCUGACUGGGAUUCAAACCCAGGACCCUCUGGGUGUGAGGUGACAGUGCUAACCACUACACCACUAUGCCACUAUGCCGCCUAUAGUUAUGGGCUCGUCCGGGAUUUGAACCCGGGACCUCUCGCACCCGAAGCGAGAAUCAUACCCCUAGACCAACGAGCCACGCAAGACCUUUCUCCCCGUCGGGGAAUUGAAUCCCGGUCUUCCGCGUGACAGGUGGUGAUACUGUCCACUAUACUAACGAGGACUUUCAGUUUCUUAUCAUCUGCGUGUUUUAUUAUUAUGAUGACUGAUAUCAGAUUUUUAACAGCCAAUAAUUAGUAGGACCGGGACGGUAUGCUUUUCUUUUGAUUCGAUUCUUCAACGAUUUUUUGGAUGUAGUUUCGAUUUAAAUUGUGAUUCUAUAAUAUUGUCGAUUUUCUCGGUUUUAGUCUGCUUUAUCUUUUAACACCAGUGAAACAGUUGAAUGAUUAUGAUUGUUUACUGACUGUUCCAGGAACCAUAUUUCCCAGAAAAAAUACACAUCACAUGUAAGUCAGUUUUUAAGAUCUAUUCUUAAAUUCGAACAAAAAAUUGUUUAUUGAACAUAAAAAUCAAUUUGAAUAUUGUAAAACAAAAAAUCGCGAUACUUAAGUAAAUCGAUUUUUUUCUCCCACCCCUAGUUGUAUCGUCUCUGAAGUGAUUUCUGAGUGUGGUUAUAGACAAGCUGGUUACCACACCCACAUACAUGCUUCUAUAUUUUCUUCAUGUGCUUCAUAUUUGCAUCUCGCUGUGUGAAAUGAAUAAAUAAUGUGUGUUAUUAAAAGCUUCCUGUUUAUUUCAUCUCUCUGUUUCUCUCAGGUUGUUGCCGUGAGUUGAAUUUUUCUCGGAGCCAAGAGGAGCAUGUUCUGAAAAUUGAUGUUAGAUCACGACUCAACCAUGAGCCAGAAGUAUCAGGGAGAGGCAUCAGGGGACGUGAUUGAGGAGCAGAAGGCGCCCCAGAGGAGCAGGCAGCCUAACGGGACCUCACCUGGGGACCCUCCUGUCCGCCGCUCUUGGAGGCCGUGUCAGAUGCUCAACCAGGAUGGGGAACCGAAUCCUCAUCACCACCAUCAUCAUCACCAACACCCUCCUCACCACCACCACCAUCCUCCCGCGGGACGUGGACCACCGCGACAUCGCAGACGGCCUCCAUCAGGACAGGGGCAGGGCCAGAGCCAGGCUCAAAGUCCUGGUUUGUCCCCUGAGGCGGUGUCCCCAAGGCAGGAAGGGGCUGAGUGCCGAGAUGGCGAGCCUCGUCCUGCACAGCAGCCCCGCCCCGGUGUCGCCCGUUAUCGCCGCCACGGGGACCCCAACCCUAGGCUUAGGGGUCACAGACAGAGGCAGCCAGUCAGAGAGACCCAGGAUGCUUCACCAGUGGAGGACAGAGAGAGUCCAGGAGACGUGCAGCAACGCAUGUCAGAUGAUCCCGUAAUGGACCAAUCACAAGACAGGGUUUCUUCUCACCAGACUCCCAUAGCUGUUGUCACCCCCACCCACCUCUCACCUGGUUCUGCUAUUCCAAACCAACAACCCCACCCUCAAGACACCCCUCCUGCUGAAGCGGAGGAGGACCAGGGGAUCCAGGGGAGGAAGGUGGAGUGUGAAGAGGAGGAGGCAGAAGAAGUGAAGUAUAAACACGAAGAACAAGAGCAAGCCGAGGAUGACGAAGACCACCUCUCCACCACGGCUCACUCCAGCUGCAGUCACGAGGACAUGCAGCCCGUGGAUGAUGGUGCAGAGGAGCGUGCAGAGAGGGUGGAAGAGGAUCAGGAUGAGGUGAUGGAGGACGUAGCGGAGGACAUCGCAGCUCAGGGAAGUGAAAUCACUGAUCUUUGCUCCGACACUGAGAGCGCCGCUUCGCUCAGCAUGGAUGGACCUCUGCACAGCCCGCCCCCGCUCCACUCACCAACUCCUCCCUCCUCUCCCGAUGUCCCACCUUUCCCCCAGCUGGACCACUUCAGCGAGGAUGCGAGUAUGAGCCCCCUGCCCGACAAUGACCUCCUACCCGAGGAGGACGACGAGGAUUGCUCUGAAUCCUGCUCGCUGUCUCACUUCACAUCCGGCUCUGAAUCGUAUCCGAAAACCUAUGCAGACUUUUAUUCAGAGUCCCACCAAAAAACCUACCAAGAGCCAGUCUACGAGUCUUACCCAGAGCCAAAAUCACAUCCAAAAUCUUUCCCUGAGCCUCUUAAGACCUCCUACCCCGAGUCGCACCGAGAACCUCGCAGGCAAUCAGGUUGGAGAGCUGAACCUCACGAAACCCGUCAGGAGUCCCGCCAAGAGACCUUUACCAGCCAUAGACAGGAGAAUGUACAAAAAGGGGCUCCAUCCCCGCCUCCUAAGGGCCCCCAUUAUGCCCCAAGGCAGGGCAGAGACCGCAUUUCCCAUCACCCCCCUCUAGAUCGCUCCGUUGGCUGCCGACUGCACCACUAUGAUGGACAGUCUGACGGCGAGGGGGACGGCGGUAAUCAAAGUCCUGUCCCCAAAAGCCGCAGGCAGGCACAGAGACCAGGAGAACCCCAGGCCAAGAGCCCCUCGUCCGGGCAGAGCAUCUCAGGUGACGCCCAGGAGGAGAGGAACUCCGUGGAUCAUCAAGGAGAGGAGGAUACGAGAGGAUCAGGAGACGCCAUCAGCCUGGCCAUUAAAGACAUUAAAGAGGCGAUAGAGGAGGUGAAGAUUAAGGCGGUACGCUCGCCCUACACGCCUGACCAGCCGGUGGAGCCGAUCUGGGUGAUGAGGCAGGAGAGCAGCCCCACUGAGGACCUUUACCCACUACAGACUACAGCUGGACACGUAAGAACCACUGUCACCUAAUUUUCCUAUAUGGAAAGAAAUCACCUCAUUGUCACGAGGCCUGAAGUAACUGUUUCAAAAAAGGGAACAUAAUAUAUUAAUGUGAAUGUAGCACUAAGUCGCACAUAAAUUUGAGAGUUUUGAUCAGACUCAGCAGAGGACAGACAUGUAGGGACAGAUUUUGCUUCUUUCAGGUCUCUCUCUACUGCUCCUGCCUGAGCGAUAUCCUGAUUUACCUGUAGUUAUAUCACUUCAAAGAUUAUGCAACAGGUUUGCUUCAAUAUUUGCUGAGACAUUUCUGUCCUCCUCCUGAAAUAUCAGCAGGGACACGCUCCUUUUAUCUACGAUGAGCAAACUUGAGGCCCUUGACUAAAAGUUUGGCAUGCAUUGAGAGUGAGGGGAAAAAAACACUUACACGUAUUGGUCACAGAAGCAAAAACAUGACAAAAAACAUCUAUAUGUCUCUCUUUAUCAUUAGCCCUUUAAUGCCUUUUGCAUCAUAUUUGAUACAUACUUUUAUGAUACUUCUAUCAAAUCAAUAUGAUCAACAAAUUACUUAAAAAACACCUGAAUACAGUCCGAUAAAUGAUAAAAAUGUCCUCUUGUGGUUUACAGAUUUAUGUAUCAAACGAGAUAAAUAAAUAUAUUUGUUAAAUUUUAAGGACAUUUUACAUUUUUUCGUUUUCAGUCGUAAGUGAAAUAAACAUUUCAGCUCCAAAAAAAAUUGAAUUUUCUGGCCAUAAUUUGUGGUUUCAGGCAUUAAAAGGUUAGGUAUGUUAUUUUUUUAAUUUUAAAAGGAACAUUUAAAAAGUGUGUAAGUGAUGUUUAUGAGGUAUAUUUCACUUUAUUUCCCUACAGUGUUUGACUGUACCUUUAAAUCUGUGCUGAUGAGUGACAUUGCCUCGGGGGCUUGCAGCACACUGUUGCCAUGAUUAAAUUAGACUUCAUUGCUUUCGGGAAGAGAGCAAACUCAAGAUUUACACCCCUCUCUCUCAUUUCAUUUUCUGUUCCUGGAUCAGCGCCCAAAACCCUGAAUCAUGUAUAGUAGGAGGAAGGUGCUGCUGUAGGUGCAUUGCAGUGACAAAGCAGUGAUUAAAACUAAAUGCCAUUCUUCUCUCCUCUCUUUCCUUCUCUUAGUCUUCUCCUCACUCCCCCUCACAGUCAGCGUCUGAGUCUCCAUCCCGAUAUGCAUCACCUCCGGUUCGGGAACCGGUCAGUCCGCUGAGAGCUGACUCAGCCAGAGCACUUCCUCCUCAACAUUAUCACCAACAGCAGGCCCAACACAACCACCAACACCACCACCACCACCACCACCAGGGCCAGCACCCACAGCAGAGGGACACCACCAGGCCGACACAGUCGUACACACAGCCACAAACGUACCCACAGAUGGCACCCAAUCAGCAUCAACAACAGCGUCAACAUCAGCACCAACAGCAGCAGCAGCGCCAGCAGCUUCCACCUCAGCAGCCACGACCACAAGUCCAGCCGGUGACGCCACCCCAGCCGCCGUCUGUCCAGGAGGUGAGAGCUCAUAAACCUCCCCCCUUUUCAAAUAAAGAAGAAAAGACACUCCUAGUCAAUAGCAGAACCUCCUAGUAUAUCAUACGUUUUUGGGGUUUUCUGCUGCACCAAUUAAAACAAAAGGCAGUUGUCUCCAUGUCUUUGGUCUUGCUACGAACAAGAACCUCCUAUGGCUAAUUCAGCUUUCUUUUAAAGAGGCCAAUUCGUCUAAAAGUAAACAAGCUAAAGGCUGAGGACAGACUAAAAAAAGCUCACUGGAUCCUUUUCAUCAGGGAUGAUAAAUCCUGGAAAGGCAGGCGGGCAUCUUUUAAGAGGUGUUUAUCUGCCAGCAGCUAAACGGCUGACAGCAGUAAAAGUCUACCAGAAUUUCAAUGAGUUAGGAGAGACCUGCAGUAUGUGAGCAGAAAUAAUAAAGAUGUUCAUGUAGUUUGUCUUCUCUUCACCUUCCCAGAUUCGCAGAUCUCUGCCUCAGUUCCCGACAUUUGUGGACGGUGAGUACUUGUCCCUGAAAAGAUUGUCCUUUCCUUUUUCAUUUUUUACAUUUUCUGCUUGGAUUUAAGUUUUUAACUCUUUUUCUGAUUUUAUGUCUUUUGUUGUGAUUCAGUUUUGGGCAAAUGUUGAAAUGGAGCCUGUAUAUCACAGUUCAUAGACCAUAUUCCCACAGCAGCCAUCUUCAGAAAAUGAGAAAAGUUUUCAUCAGCACAAUGAGUAUUUCAUAGAUGAUGACUUUGGAAGCGCUAAUGUUUACGUUGCCAUUUUAACAUAUGAUCCAAUUCUGUACAGAUGUCAUCAGGGUUAUGAGCCUCAAUCUAGUCGCCUCAUUAAUUCAUUUAUUUUUUUCCCUGAAUCUUGUUAUUACAGUUUACCAUUUAUAGAUACAUCGGAAAUAAAUUGCGGUAUAAGAGUAAGAUUUCUCAACCUGCCCCAAGAUUGAGGCGAAUGAUGGUAAACUCACAGGUGUUAUUAUUUAAAUAGCGACACAGUAUAAUAACAACUUUCCGCUGAAUCAUACUAUGGUAUACACAGUCUAGUACUGUGUUCCAGUUACCUCAGAAGUCAGAUGUUGGAGCUGGGAAUGACGUUACAUCCAAGUUGACGGCGUUCCAGUUAACAAGUUGGAAAACCAAGAUGGACGCCUACCCGUUGUUAGCUGUUUUUAGCCAUUGUCAGCGAUUGUUGUUAACAAUACCAGUUGUAAACAACACACAGCACAGUAUUUUAUUCUCCAAACACCAUAGCACCGUGUUCACAGUUAGACCUUGGGCAGUACAACAUAUACUACGAAUUUAAUUUCACAAAAACAAAACAGAAGUGCUAAUAAAUAAUACAUUAAGAGAGCUUUUACUGUAAAUCUUUGCUGCCGAUGCCCUGGGUUGCCAUUUUGGAUUAUGACGUUAUCGUCAAGUCGGGGUCGGUGAGGAUUGUCCGACCUCCCGAGUUGGAAAUCUGACUUCAGGGGGGCGUUCCAGAUGAAUUUCCGACUCAGAGCUUAGAAAUCCUGACUUCUGAGUACAACUGGAACGCAGCAUAUGAGUAACAGGCUGAAAAUCCCAGUUUAGAAGGUCACUUACUGAACCAUAUCACCGAUGUUCACAUGUAUUGUAAUAAACAUCGCAUUGUUUGCUAGCUAACAUAAAAUUAAAACAGAUAGUGACAUAAACGUGUUUAUUCCAUGCAGUCCCAGGACCAUGUGACCCUGAAGACCUUAUUGACGGGAUCAUCUUCGCAGCCACCUACCUGGGCUGCACCCACCUGCUGUCAGAGAGAACGCCCACAAAGAGCGCCCGCAUGCAGCAGGCUCAGGAGGCCAUGAACCGAGUCCGGGUAAGAGGAGUUUACACCUUUUUCAUACAUGAUCUUGGACACAAAGCCUCUGGUUUCUGCCAAAAAAUUUUUUUUAUUAGAAGUAGAUGUUCCCUUUUUUUGUGAAUAAGUCAAUGAGUGUGUUUCCAUGGACUUUGGUAUCUUGGUUUAGAUUAUCUCUUAUGAAUACCCAAUUUUUGUGUUCCUGCGUGUAAAAAUCACAUCCUGAUUUAAGAUUUACCCCCGACAACAGAUUUUCCCGGAGAACUGAGUAUAUCCUGGCACAGGUCUUGGCCCAGUUUUUAACAGCUGCUAAGUUCCUGUGCAGACAUGGCAUCAGCCAACUGGAUGAGUUAACAAAGCAAACAUGGAGAAAGCAAAGAGAGCGUCUUACUUCUUGUGCAGUGACAAAGCAGAUUUUUGUCUUUUAGUAAUAAAAGAGUUAAAUAUAUCUGGAUGGAAGAAAGCACCAAAACACGGGCACAAUAAUCACCUGUCUGUGAUUGUGUUGGGCUUUCCAGUGUGUCUGUGGCUGCUGUUGAUCACAUAUAGAAGGAUAUGAAUAACCAGGUUUCUUUGUGUUCAUGUUAACAUCAUGAUCAAAACUGGGUUAAGACUCAUGACUUCUUGAAUCCAUGUAAACGCACUGACUGUUGAUGUACCUGAAACCUGCCGUCUUUUUAAGGUCAGCAGAUGGAGACUCCACUGGUAGCCCCCCCUGCUGGUCAGCUGAUUUUAGACAUCAGGCUGAAUUUGGGAGUUUUGUCUUAAAUCUAGAAAACUCUAUUUCACAUAUUUCUGAUGUCAGCAGCAUUUCAUGAAGUUUGAAGACUGAACUCUUUGGAGUGACAGUGUGGUAUAAUAUUUUCAGUCUUUAAGCUUCUUUAACUCCUUACUCUGGGUCUAAACUUCAAGGAUGUCAGGGAUCAAAGCAGUGGCUCCUUUGUUUGGGAGUUAUAUUUUGUGGCACUCUUUGACAUACAAGUGAUGUAACUGAGGUUCAUUUCAUAUUCGGGUCUUUUAAAGUUAAAAUCAGCCAGCACAGUCAGCGGGCAAAGAGUCCCGGGGUUUCUGCACAAUGCAUCAUGCACAGAUCACUGCUCCUGAUCCGCAGUCAUACAGGCUUUUCUCCUCAGCGCCACUGGAUGUUAUAUAAACUCGUCAUCAAGGCUCUGAAGCACUGGAGACUGAAGACUCGGCUCUCUGCUCCAGUCGCAGCGCAUAAUGUCAAAUGUACAUCACGCGAAGGAAAAACACAGAUUAAACAAAGCAGAGCAGUGGAUACGUGGCCUGUAUCGGGAACAGUUUCAUGUGGGCUGUUUCUACUGAUCGCAUGAGAAGAAGAAAAAAAGUUGAGGGCGGAUAGAGUGAAGUAGAUGGCUUACAGUAAGAACCUGGUGUUCACACACAGCACACUGUUAGCUGGGGCGUUGAGCUGGAAGAAGGGGUUGCCAUUUUGCAGAGACGAGGGAAGAGAGUCCUCGACUGGAAAAGGAAGAGAACCGAGCCAAAGCCGUGCUCCGCGGACGGCUGACUGACAGUUUCAGGACAUCGCCUCGGUUAAGGUCUGAAGAACCUACAGGGAGGGAGAAGGUUAGAGACUAUGUAAUGAGGAGGGGGACGCACAAGUGUGUCUGACAGGAGUCUGCUCUGAUGUGACUCACAGUGAGGCUGAUACAGGGAAGUGAUCUAAUGAGAGGAGCAGUAAUACCUCUUCACCCUCACACUUGAUGUGAACCUGCCUCUUUUAAUGCAUCAUAAGCACAUUUUUAAAGCCUUGUACAUAUAUAAAAAUCCUCAUAACAACUUGCAGCUCAUAACAACUCACAGCUUUAUUUAGGAAGUGUUUUGGACAGGAAGUAGGACUAAAAAAUGCUUAAAGCUCCUGUGAGGAAAUUUCAGUUCUUUCAGUCAGUUUUGGCGCCCCCUGCUGACAAAUUUAUUAUGUCCUCUACAUGCUUAAAUACAACGGAGAAUUGGGGCCACAUCAAGAAAAAAAAAAAUUUAAGACUUCGAGAUACAAGUCCUUAACUUACGAGAAUAAAGUCAUCACUUAUGAGAAUAAAGUCGUAAUAAAGGAAUUACUUUGUAGAAUAAAGUCGUACCAAAAUCAUUACUUACGAGAAUAAAGUCGGAAUAAAAUUGUUAUGAUAGGCUAUUUAUGAUACUGUGGUGCUAAUGUGCCAAUAGAUUAAGUAUCUCCUUGUUUGGGAAACCUAAAUUGAAGUACAUUUUUAUGAAAUGCUCCAUGGCUCUAAUUUCAACAACUGUCAUCUUAAACAACAGGUUAAAAUAUAAGGACUUUAUUCUUGUAAGUAAUGAUUUUAGUACAACUUUAUACUCAUAAUAAUUUAAGUCCGACUUUAUUCUUGUAAGUAAUGAUUUUAGCAUGACUUUAUUACCUUAAGUUAUGAUUUUAUCACGACUUUAUUCUCAUUAGUAAUGAUAAGGGUAGGCAAAAUAAGCCCUGGGCUUCAGCCUACACCUUGGAGAAGAAGAAUGUUUUUGUAUAUUUGUAAAGAACAAUCAAAUCUGAAAUCUGAAAAUCAACUCCACAAUAAAUCUGAAAAUGUCAGAAAAUCUUUAAUCUCUAAGUCUUCAAUUUUUUUUCCUUAAUGUGGUCCUAAUACUCCGUCGUACUGACUUUUGGUAGCCAAAUGUUUCAUUUAUUGUGACUAUUCGAAGUCGAAAGCAUAAAAAGAGGGCUGUUUCUGCUGCUUUUUGGUUGACACCUGCUCCUUGCAGAGCUAUCAGGCACUUAUCAUUACGAUCAAAGAAUUGUCAGUCAUGUCAUAGAUAUUCUUGCUUGCCUUUAAAUGUCAUAAAAGGGCAGCGAUGUGAAUUUCUGUCCGUUUUUCUGACAGAUUGUGGACACGCUCAACAGUGGUGAUGUGAGGAUUUGAUAUCAGAAGCCGCAUCAAUAUCAGCUUACCUCAGAACAGAGCAGAAAACUGUUUAAUGAGGUUCGCUCACAUCUGGCUGAUCCCGGAUUCAUUUAAUGAGAUCAGCAUCAGGGUCAGUCUGUGACCAGGGGUUUGGACUCAGGAGCAGAUUGCGCUGGACUGGAUGAAAAACACAUCGACGUGUUUGCUAUCAAGACUCCGGAGAUUAACAAAAUGGAAAUAAAAACAAUGAACUUGUAUUUUCUGACUGAAUAAUCAAAAAAAGAAAAAGAAAAUUUUCCAAAUCUUAAAACACAAGAUAAAAAAUGUGUCCCUUAUAAUUGCCAUUGAGGAUUGAUCAUAGAAAGUGAGUUAACAAGACUUUUUCCAACUUAAAACACUUAUUUAUUAGGUCAUAAAAGAGCAACACUAGAGUCAAACAAAGGACUGAAUAUAUAAAAUGAAAUCAGCAGACUGAGCUCCACAGGCUCGACUGUCCACAGCGGCAUAGAAAGACGGUUAUGAUUCAAGAAGUGUGCUGAAAAUAAACUGAGAUGAAACACUGGAGGUGACAGAGUGAUGUACACACAGUGACGUCCAGCACAGGUCAGGAGUCACACUGCAGCUCAUGAUGACGACGUGACGGCAGCCUGAGGAGGCGGUCAGUGGCGAGGCUGAAAACAGAAACAAUGACGUGUCGACUGCCGGCUCAGAGAGCGCCUGUGAGGGUCUGAACUACAGCGACGCUUAUGAUAAUUUUUCUGACAGCAGUGAAAAACAACACGUUAGCAGAGAGAGUGUCAGCAGGUUGGUCCAGAUCAGAGUAUCACCAGUAGGAAGAUGAUGGGGUUGUGUUGUGUCUUCACAACAUGUGUGAGUGACAAACUCAUCGCAAAAGUUUCUCACAACAUGCAAAAGCUUGAGGCAGGGAGCGCAGCAGCAAAGACCCCCGCAGACCUCCACAGGGUUGUAUUCAGGUCCAGUAGUGGUUUACAGAAACAGGAAGACUCUGCAGGCCAAAGUAGUUUCAACUGAGUGCUCACUUGGACGUUUGCUGAUCAGCUGAGCUGUCAGAUGAUUAAGCCCGAUGUUGAGGUCAUGAUGCACUGUGAGUUUGACUUUUUGGCCCACCCUGUAUUAUAGUGUUGUGUCAUUCGCGAACGAUUCGUUCAACAAAACCGAAUCUUUCAAGUGAAGAUACUGAGCCGAAUCAGUUCCUCAAGUGAUCGAGCAAGGUUCACUUGGUUAAUGAGUCACGCAGUGAACUACACUCUCUGGAAUCAUUUUUGUCUGAGGGUUACACUUUCAUGGCGACCAUUGUUCCCCAUUGUCUUAAUAGCAGUAAUGAGAAGAGAGUGAGACUCACCGACUGUAGCAAACUCUUGACGUUGUGUUCAAGUGUACCUCAACUCAACUCAACUUUAUUUGUUAAGCACUUUAAAACAACCACAGCUGAACAAAGUGCUGUACAUAACUAGACAAAACAACAAGAUAAAAAAAAAAUCAAAAAACAAUUAAAACAAUGGAUAAAAUAAAAGCAGAAUUAAAAGUAAAAUAUAGUUUCAAUGUUUUUAAAAACUAAUUUAAAAACAUAGAAACAAAUAACUAAAACCAAACCAUAAAACACUAAAACAGGAGCCGAGUCUCAUGCAGGGUUAAAAGCCAAUGAAUAAAAAUGGGUUUUAAGAUGACUUUUAAAAAUGGAGAGUGACAAAUGGACCUCAGACAAAACAAACUUUUUUUAAUUAAUAAUUGAGCCUAAUUUAUCAAGUAGACCAGAUAAAUAGCAUACCAUUUGACAGUACACUUAAAACAAGUUCAUUUUUACAAACCUGUUUUUUAAAGCAACACAGCCACAACACUCUGGUCUCCAGGUCCUAGGAGCUUUGAACUGAACUGAACUGAAACCUGAACCGUUCAGCUGUGUAUCAGAUCAGGAAGUCGUAGUCGCAGGCUCCUCCCACCUAACACUGAAUGAUUCUGUGAUUCGGUGAAUGAAUCUUUUGAACGAAUCUUUUUAGUGAAUUGAUUCUAGGGAAUCAGUACAUCUAAAAGAACUGCCGUGUACCAACAGCUUCAUAACUCUUGUGUAAAUAAAAGAUAACUGUUAGAGACAUAUUAUGAGAGACAACAGACAGUUGAAUUUCGCUGCUUUGGAAAUUAAUCCUGAUUCAGUAGUAAUAAGAUGGAUAAGAUAAUAAAGUCGGAUCAAAAAGCACAUUUCCUUGUUUUGACGAUAGUUACCCAAUACUAGACUGUCCUGAAGUAAUUACAUAAACCUUCAAAAUACAUUUUCAAGACAAGUUUGAACUUUUUAAGCCUAAAAAUGUUGUAUAUUCAGUCUGAAUCACAUUGUUUAGGUAAAAGCUUUGGCCAGUUUUUUACCGAUUUUAAUCUGUUCCUCUACAUCAGAGUGUUUGGAUGUUUAACCUCCAAACAGCACAGAGACAGAGCAGAGAACAAACAGCGGCACCAGCAAACAUUCAGAGACAUCAAACCCGGAGCUGUAACGAGGCGUCGGCCACAAACGCACCAGGCUGCCCGUCUGUUCUCAGGGGGUCGUUUGUGUCACAUUGAUGAAGGAGAAACUUUUGAUACUGUUUGCUGUGAAGGCCUCUGGCAGCCUGCUGAUGUCAGAUGUGAUAGACAGUAACAUCACUGCUUCCCACACAUACACACACACACACACAAACACACACCUCUAAGGCGUCUUUGUCCCUUAAUUUGUCAGUCGGAAAGCAGGCAGUAAAUGAGAGGAUUGGGUUUUCUUGAUCUAACUUUUUCUGGGUUUUAUUGUGUUUUUCUGAUCCCUCCAGGCGGCCCAGAAGCAGGCGAAGAACAGGAAGAAGGUACGUUUAGUUUGCUUGUUUUAUUGUUGUCUUGUUAUGUAGAAGUUUUAUAUAAAAGAUGAUUCAUGUCAUUAGAAAUUUAUGAAAAGCAAGAAUAAGUUAAGAAAUGUUGACGAAUAAAAGCAUUUUUCCUCCUAUUCUGGCCUGUGUAGACUCUUAAUUUCUGUCUCAUUCAUCUCUUCUCUAUUUUUCUGUUUAGAGCCCUGACAGUGAGGCUCCCUCUACAGCUGAAGUCGAUCUGUUCAUGUCCACGCAGAGGAUCAAAGUCCUCAAUGCAGACACUCAGGUGAGAAAAUAACACGCACUCCUAAAAUCUUUAAACCCCUCUUGGAAAUUUGUCAUUUUACAAGAAGAGGUGAAAGAAGAGGGUUAAAAACAAGCGACAAAUUUCCCUAACCAAACCUCAUUUAAAAAAGUUUCCAUUUAGCAGCAACUGAUGAUCACAACGCAGUAGUCGCACAAAGUACAGCUCUGUGUUUCAAGAAGUAUUGAGAGUCUUGUUUGGACCACCAGGAGUCUUUGAUGGACCUCCCCCUGAGGACGAUCUCUUACAUAGCCGACAUCGGUAACAUGGUGGUGCUGAUGGCUCGGGGGAAGAUGGUCCGGUCCCGGAGCGCGCAGGAAAACCUGGACCACGCUGCAGAGCAAACCACCAUGAGCCAUGACGACAGACGACUGUACAGGAUGAUCUGCCACGUCUUUGAAUCUGAGGAUGUGAGUUUUUGAAUUUUGUUUAAUAUUAGCAUAUAGAUGUCCUUUUUUGGAGGCUUCUUUAGGGUUUUACUGAUCGGCAGUGAAUGAAACCAGAAAAUCUUGAUUUUUCAGGAUAAGUGAAAGAUCAGCAAACUUUUUGGAAACUUUUUAAGUGCUGCUUUUUAGAUGAUCUGAAUCACGGACAAGCCAAGUCUGACUCCACGCUUGUUUAUUUUUUCUAUCUCAUACUUGAUGUUGUUAUGAAAGUGUUUUAAUGCAGUGUUUCUCAACUGGUCUCACUCUGGGACCCACAUUUUCCCGUGGUCCUUAAGUUGCGACCCACUUUUAUAAAAUUCAAACCAAGCAAAUUUAUUUCUUAUAAAAAAAAUUGAAAAAACUUUCAAGACUCAAAUUUUUUACAUAAAUACACCUAUUUUAUUGAGUAAAGUGCAUUUCAGAGCACAUGAACUGAGGAUGACAACUACCAAAGUUGCGUGUAUAGAAAAUAUCAAAUAUCAAACUUCACACAAUGGGACCAGCAAAAUGAAAAAUCUGACCUGUUUGUAUUUCUGCAGUCAGAGCAUAUUCAGAAAAACCUGAGGAGGACCAUGCAACAGCACGGACAAAAAAGAAUAAAAAAACAUGUAAUUUUACUGCAUUCAGGCCACAUUAAUAAGAAACCGAGGAGGACCACAACAUAAUGCGUGCCUCUCAAAAUAAGCUAGUUUUCAAAAUAAGCUAGUUCACGUCAAACAUCAGAUGCGCAUUAAAUAUUUACUUUUUUUGACCAGCUGUUGGCGACCCAUCCAGAACGUGUCCGUGAUCCACUUUUGGGUCGGGACCCACCAGUUGAGAACCACUGUUUUAAUAUAUAUUCUAAAAAAAUACUAUGGGUUACUGUAUUAGCUAAACUCAUUAUCAGAGAUAAUGUACCAAAUGUACAAACUAGUUCUAUAAUAUAUCAGCCCCAGAUUUGACUCUCAGUCCUCGAUCCCAUCUGUAAGUCAAAAGGCCAAAAACAUCAAGUCUGACUGAACAAACCAAAAAGAAAACCCUAAAAUGAGCAAAGAUAUGAAGUUUUAGCAAAAGAUAUCCUAAUGUCUUAAAAAGUCACAGCUCAUAAUGGAUUGAACAAUUAAAGGCUCAAGCAGAUCCACUUACUUUUGGCUCUUGUAUCUCAGUUAUGGCGCUACUUUAGGUUAUGUGGGCCGUAAAAUGGCUCACAUCUUGUUACUGAAUCCUGAUUUGGGUUUUGGCGAAUGCUUUAUUGGGCCUUUCUCAGCCUGAGUCAGAGCUGUCAUUUACUGUCCAAAUUUGGGCCAAAAAAAGAGAACUACUAGCCUCACACAGAGGAGGAAAUACUGUUAGAGGAACAUUAUUAGAUAUUUUAUCAUGCUACCGAUUAAAGCUGCAGUAAAGAGCUUGUAUUUGCAUGUGCAGAUGCUUGGAAGAAUAGUUUCUACAUUGAUAGGGUUAAAUGGAUCCAAAUAAAUAACCCCAGCCAAACUCACAAACAGCGAACAAGUGCAGACAAAAUCCCACCAGGGCGAUCAAAUUUAUACUCGCUCUCUCCCUCUCCUCUUUCUUUCAGGCUCAGCUGAUCGCUCAGUCCAUCGGCCAGUCUUUCAGCGUCGCCUACCAGGAGUUCCUCAGGGCCAAUGGCAUCGACCCCGAGGACCUGAGCCAGAGGGAGUACAGCGACCUGCUCAACACUCAGGACAUGUACAAUGACGACCUCAUCCACUUCUCCAAGUCUGAGAACUGCAGAGACGUAAGUGAGCCAGCAGGGGAGCAGGAGUUCUUAACUCUGACCUUAAAAUUCAGUUGAUUCUGUCCAAAGAAAAUCAACUCCUCCUGCACUUUGACUGGAUGGUUCUCUUUGUAGAGUGAUUGACCUUUUGUACAUGCAAAUAACAGCACAGGCCUUCAGGUCCGGUCAUGUCAUGAUGUUAAUGUCCAAACAGAGAUGAACCAGUGCCUCUAAUUUUCUGCUCAGUCUGCUCCGUUAGUUUGCCCCUCAGUGCUUUGGAUGAACAGCUGUUUUAGAGUCACAGCUGUGUGACAGACUCACAAAAAUGUCACCCAAGUAUGAAGGUGAAUUUGAGGCGCUAAACCUGCUCUGACCUCAGUCUCUCCUCCCUCCCACGCUGCCCUAAAUGCCGGCUGUCCUAUCCUAUUUCUCCGAAUUGUGCAUUUGGCUGUUAAGAGCUAAAAAUGGACCCAGCCUUACUCUACAUGCUACUUUACAAAAAGAGGUUUAUACAUCAAUCCUGCAUGAGGAAGAAGGAAGUCCUACACAUGAAGAAAAAGUGGACUAUAGGAUGAGUAGAAGAGCGAAAAGUUGAGUAAGUGAUGAGUCUGAAAUGUGUCCUUGCAGGUUUACAUUGAGAAGCAGAAAGGAGAGAUUCUGGGUGUGGUGAUUGUGGAGUCUGGUUGGGGGUCCAUCCUUCCGACUGUCAUCAUCGCCAGCAUGAUGCACGCAGGUCCGGCUGAGAAGUCCGGCCGCCUCAACAUUGGAGACCAGAUCAUGACCAUAAACGGGACGAGUCUGGUGGGCUUACCGCUUAACACCUGCCAGAGCAUCAUCAAGGUACGCCUCCGCUUCCUGAUCAGUGCCAGACCUUUAUUUGACUGAUACCUGUUUCCUGUCAGUGCCUUUCUGCGCGCUCCUGUCCUGUUCAGAAGAGUUUCCUCUAAAGCGCUCUUCUGGGUUUUAUUUUCAUGCCCUGACACCAGCAAGCAGCUGGAUUGUAGUCAUAUGAUUUUCAGGGGAUAUGUCCAGAUCUUUGGUGACACUGUAACACUGAAUCAGCCUCUUCUGGUGGCUGUGAUGUUUUUGGAGCAUCUAGGGCAUUUCAGUGGAUUUGUGCCACAAAAACUUGCUUCAAUAAUACAACAAGGUCCACCAUAAAGCUAAGUAGUAGACUCUAAAAAGGCGCUAGGCGUGUAAUAUGUGUGUCCGUAAGUCCAAGAUUCAUCAGUUUAUUCAUUAUCUAGACAUCAUACAGUAUCUAGACAAGUUAGGGGUCACUGAGGGGGGAGGAGUUUUCUAGCUGUCACACCUCCCACUGAGCAAUAGACGGCUAUUAGACGUCUAUUUUUUUAGACCUAAUUUCAACCGUCUAGAUUCUGUAUAUUUUUAGACCGAAUUCAGACGUUGCGCAUAAACCCAUUAUUUGAUAACUAUCGUUUCAAAAAGCAACUGUGAGUUGCAUAACUGAUCUCCAAGUACUUUACCAAAAUAAUUAUGAUAUUAUAGAUGUAGCCUAGAGUUAGAUUUAGUCUAAACUUGGUCUAAAUUUAGAUGUCUAAAAAACUUUCAUUUUUAGACCUGUGGUAGCCUGAUUUUAGACCAGUCGUCUAGACUACAUUUAAACGUCUAUUAGACCUCUUUUAGACCAAAAAUUGCUCAGUGGGUGGUGAACAUGGUGACAAACCUAAUAUAUUCACAAGGAAUAAUAUAUUCAACCACCAAGAAUCAGCAGGGGCAGAUUCAAGUAUGUAGAGGAUAAGUUCAGCAAAGACAGCUGUGUCCACAGAGGGCGCCAAAGAUGACACCAACCAAAAGUUCCUCAUGGGAGCUUUAAUUGAAAAAGUCAUGAAGGCAUUUUUGUUGAUCUUUGUAAAUAAUCAGCUGAAAAAAAAAACUUUAAACACUUUGAAAACUGCCACAAUAUAUUCCCAUGAAGAAACCACGCCCCUCAUGUCUCCAGGUUUACUGCGAAACCUAGAGAAAUCCAAAAGUCAAGUCUGCUAAAACUACUACAGGAAGUGUCUGAUUUGGAGUUUACAAGUCUGUAUCAGAGAGCGCACAUGCAGUGAUGUGACAUUAACACUAACAGUUAACAGGACCACACUUUAAGGUCUGUGAAUGGUCAUCCCUCAGGGUCUAAAGUCUCAGUCCAGGAUCAAGAUGAACAUCGUCAGGUGUCCUCCUGUCACUAUGGUGCUCAUCCGCAGGCCGGACCUCAGAUACCAGCUCGGCUUCAGCGUCCAGAACGGCAUCGUGAGUAUAGUUACAAACCAUAAGACUAGUGAGUGACCUAUACGAGUAAUCUAUCCAUCUUUAUUAUCAAUACUGCUUAUUCCAUCCAUUCUCUGAGAGGGGCUGGAAACAACCCUUACUCCUGUUAUUUUUAGUGAUGAUUCUCUUAUUUUUCUCCGUUUCCAAGCAACAGACACAGAGCAGCUCACGAUAUGAGGUCUGAGGAUUCAUUUCCACUUUAAAGUGUUGGGCUCAGAGUUUUGACUGUAUGUUUCAGAUCUGCAGCCUGAUGAGAGGAGGCAUCGCUGAGAGAGGAGGCGUGCGUGUCGGUCAUCGCAUUAUUGAGAUCAACGGUCAGAGUGUGGUGGCGACGCCUCAUGAGAAGAUCGUCCAGAUUCUCUCUAACGCCAUGGGAGAGGUGGGAUGAGAUACUGAGUUUGAAAAUACAUGAAAAUAAAAGUCCAAGCAGCACCUUAUAUGAGUGAUCUUUAAGCUUUCAUCAGCCUGAUUGCUGUUGGAGAUCCUCUGAUUAUUGCGUAAUCGAAAAGGAAAGCUCGAGAAACAUCGUAACAAUAAUCAUCUUUUGACAAAUCUGCUUGUGUUGUUUUUGUGUUCCUGCUUUUGAAUUUGCAUAAUUUGUCUUCUUUCUGCUCCAGAUCCACAUGAAGACGAUGCCUGCAGCCAUGUACCGUCUGCUGACAGCACAGGAGCAACCUGUCUACAUCUGAACACACACUUCUCACUCUCCUUCACCAUCUUUGCUACGCUCCACCCAUCUUUCAGUUGAUUGAAAUCCCUUUCCCCUCUCUGUGUCCUGUUUGAUAUCACUUGACUUGCCUUAAUCUGUACAGUAAACUGUCAUGUAAACAUGUACAUCCGCUGUAUGACAGAAGGCAGAUUAUCUCAAUAAGGCUGAGUGUUUAUGUGGCGUAUUUUGUUUGACCAAAGACAACUUGUGGAUUUUUCUUGUGCAUAUUUAGGUGGCAAACAGAGUCAAUAUUAUCUUUGGUUAAAUAGCUGUAAUAUCUGAAUGUACUCUAAUUAAGAUGUUGGACCUAUAAAAGUCAGGGCCGCCCAGGUGAUAAAGAACUUUUCAACUUCAAAGUCAUGUUAAAAGGAGAAUGCAUGUACAAAUCAGAUGAAUAAACUUGGUGGUCUGUGAACUCUGA